GCAAACACCAAUUACAACAGCUUUUAAAGUUAUGAAAUCACAUAUUGCUCUCAUCCUGCUCUUUUCACUUGCCCUGUACACUGAUGCAAGAAAAGACCCUGGAGAAUACUGGAGAGAUGUGAUGAAAGAUGAGCCAAUGCCUAAAGCAAUCCAACAUCUUAUGCCUCAGCCACAUAAAGAGAAAAUCGAUUGUCACAAAUCAUCUUUUGAGCCAAUACCUAAUGUAUCUAGUUACCAUAAUGAUGAGGAUGGUCUAAACCAAGAAAAGGAUUUCGAGCCAAGGCCAAAUGCAUCUGGUUAUCAAGAUGAUGAUAUUGGUCUCAAACAAGAAAAAUAUUUCGAGCCAAGGCCAAAUGUAUCUGGUUAUCAAGAUGAUGAUGUUGGUCUCAAACAAGAAAAAGAUUUCGAGCCAAGGCCAAAUGUAUCUAGUUAUCAUGAUGAUGACAACGUUGGUCUCAAACAAGAAAAAGAUAUCGAGCCAAGGCCAAAUGUAUCUAAUUAUCAUGAUGAUGACAACGUUGCUCUCAAACAAGGAAAAGAUUUCGAGCCAAGGCCAAAUUUAUCUAGUUAUCAUGAUGAUGACAACGUUGAUCUCAAACAAGAAAAAGAUUUCGAGCCAAGGCCAAAUGUAUCUAAUUAUCAUUACGAUGACAACGUUGAUCUCAAACAAGAAAAAGAUUUCGAGCCAAGGCCAAAUGCUUCCGUGUACCGUAAUUGAUAAUAUGGCAUAUAAAGAGUACUAUGUGUGACAGAUUGUCUUCUUGCUCUUUUUAUGCCUCCCAAUGUUAAAUGGAUGAUGAAUAAAAAUAUACUACUUGACGGUUGUAUUCAAA